AUGCUCGAGAACGUAAAUGACUCGGAUUCAGAGGCUACCUGCUCUUGUGACUGUGAUGGCGCCGUCCUGAAAAAGGCAUUGGACUGGCUGACGCAUCACCAGGAUGACACGAUCAUCCCCGAUGAGGACGAUUGCGACUUCAAGGAGAAGGAUCUGGACGAGUGGGAUGCCAAGUUCUUCAAGAGCAUGGACAUCGAAACUCACUGCGAACUGCUUAUUUUGGCCAACUAUCUGGACGCCAAAAGCUUGCUUGUCCACAGCGCCAAAGCCUUGGCUCGUUUAAUGAGCGGCAAGACAGUUGAAGAAAUGCGCUCUUAUAUUAUGACUGCUGAUGAAAUUGCCCAAGAAGUUGAGCGCGAGAAUGGCGAAAAGAUGAAAACUGAUGUGAAAGGCGCUGAGAAAAAGGCUAAAAAAGAAAAACUCGAAAAGGAAGAUUCCGAGGAGGAAAUGUCUCAGGAUGAAGAGCCCGAAGAGGAAUCAUCUUCCGAUUCCAGCGAUGAUUGA